AUGAACACCAGAGACGAUAUGGCUUCCGCGGCUCUGCUGGCGUCCCCGGGCGAUUCAGAGCCCUCCGACCGACUGGGGCUCACCCUGCGCCAGCUGUCUCCCUCCGCCAGCGAGUUGAGCUCGCUGACGCUGCGGGAAAAGACCCCCAGCGUCCCCAUCAUGGAGAUCGGCGGGCGCUUUGUCAGCGCCGGUGGCAAGGACGCCGGCAACUUGCCUCGGGCCCACUACAAGAGCAAGCUCUCGCCGCUACGCUACCGGUUGCGCAAGGUGGCACUCCCCAUCGUCGAGUGGGAGGCCGACUUCAUCGCCGCCAUCCAGAACCGGAUGCGCCACCCCUGGCUCGACUUCUACUUCGCCUGGACGGCGAACUUGGCCCUGCACACCUUCUACGUGUUGUUGUUCCCCAUCCCCGUGUGGUUCGGGUCGCUGUUGGUGCUCCGAGACAUGAUCUAUUCGGUGGGGUUCGGCAUCUACUGUACGGGGUUCUUAAAGGACUGGCUCUGUUUGCCUCGUCCCAGAUCGCCGCCGUUGCACCGAAUCACCAUGCUGAGUUAUACCACCGAAGAAUACGGCUUCCCCAGUUCGCACCUGGCCAACGCCACCCUGAUGACGUUGAUCUUCCUCUACCGCGUAAUUAAGUACGGCCAGGACUGGCUGAACUUGGCGUGGUACUCGGCGAUGGCGGGUUUGUUUGUCUACUACGCCUCGCUUAUCGUGGGACGUGUCUACUGUGGCAUGCACGGGUUUUUCGAUAUCCUUCUGGGUGUGUUUGUUGGGUGGCUUGUGUUUGCCUUCCGCCACUACUUCGGUGAAACCUGGGACUAUUUCCUCUUUUACUACCUCCCGCUGGGCCUACUUUCAGUGGUAUUGGUCACUGCCAUCUGCUGUGCCCUCAUCCACGUGUACCCGGAGCCCGCCGACGACUGCCCCUGUUUCGACGAUGCUGUGGCCUUUGUCGGUGUGGUUAUCGGUAUGGACAUCACCCAUAAUCUCACCGUGCGUACCGACUACCUUGCCCGCCUCAACCGGUUUCAGGACCCCUACCUCAUGUUCUACAGCUACGAGCAGUUAGGCUUGCUCUGGUCGUUUAUGCGUGUAGUUGUUGGUGUUGGUGGUGUCGCCUUGUGGAAGGCCGUCGCCAAGCCCGUGGUGUUCGCCAUCCUCGUCCCCAUCUACAAGUGGUUGCAGGUGUGGAUCCCUCGGGCCAACUACAAGCUGGUGGCCCACUCGCGGGCGAAAAACACCCACAUUCGCCGCCAGCUGGCGCUGAAUAUCGGCGGCGAAGAGAUGGAAUUCUUGCAUGACGUGACGCUGCACCCGCACGAUCAGGUGGGGGCGCCGUGUAAGGCUGGCGUGUUCAAGCCGCGCUACGACGUCGAGAUCGUCGGCCGGCUCAUCAUCUACGCCGGUAUCCCCAUCAUGGCCGUGUGGGGGUUCAUCUUCACCUCCAAGUACACCGGCGUCGCGUGCAUUGAUUUCUCUCUUUCGUAA